GGCGGCGGCGCAGGAGGAUGUACUUGGUGGCGGGGGGCAGGGGGCUGGCCGGCUGCGGGCACCUCCUGGUCUCGCUGCUGGGGCUGCUGCUGCUUCUGGCGCGCUCCGGCACCCGGGCGCUGGUCUGUCUACCCUGCGACGAGUCCAAGUGCGAGGAGCCCAGGAGCUGCCCGGGGAGCAUCGUGCAGGGCGUUUGCGGCUGCUGCUACAUGUGCGCCCGCCAGAGGAACGAGAGCUGCGGCGGUGCCUACGGACUCCACGGUGCCUGCGACCGGGGGCUGCGCUGUGUCAUCAGACCCCCUCUCAAUGGCGACUCCAUCACCGAGUACGAAGUGGGCGUCUGCGAAGAUGAGAACUGGGAUGAUGACCAACUACUUGGCUUUGAACCAUGCAAUGAAAACCUUAUUUCUGGCUGCAAUAUAAUCAAUGGAAAAUGUGAAUGUGACACCAUUCGAACCUGCAACAAUCCCUUUGAAUUUCCAAGGAAGGAUAUGUGCCUUUCAGCUUUAAAGAGGAUUGAAGAAGAGAAGCCAGAUUGCUCCAAGGCCCGCUGUGAAGUCCAGUUCUCUCCACGUUGUCCGGAAGAUUCUGUUCUGAUCGAGGGCUAUGCUCCUCCCGGGGAAUGCUGCCCUUUACCCAGCCGCUGCGUGUGCGACCCGGCCGGCUGCCUGCGCAAAGUCUGCCAGCCGGGAUACCUGAACAUACUAGUGUCAAAAGCCUCAGGGAAGCCGGGGGAGUGCUGUGACCUGUAUGAGUGCAAACCAGUUUUCAGCGUGGACUGCAGCACCGUGGAGUGCCCCUCUGUCCAGCAGGCCGUGUGCCCCCUGGACAGCUACGAAACCCAAGUCAGACUCACAGCGGACGGCUGCUGUACUCUGCCCACGAGAUGCGAGUGUCUCUCUGGCUUAUGUGGUUUCCCCGUGUGUGAGGUGGGAUCCACUCCCCGCAUAGUCUCUCGUGGAGAUGGGACACCUGGAAAGUGCUGUGAUGUCUUUGAAUGUGUUAAUGAAACAAAGCCAGCCUGUGUCUUCAACAACGUGGAAUAUUAUGACGGAGACAUGUUUCGAAUGGACAACUGUCGCUUCUGUCGGUGCCAAGGGGGCGUGUCCAUCUGCUUCACUGCCCAGUGCGGCGAGCUGAACUGUGAGAGGUACUACGUGCCCGAAGGGGAGUGCUGCCCAGUGUGUGAAGAUCCAGUGUAUCCUUUUAAUAACCCUGCGGGCUGCUAUGCCAAUGGCCAGAUCCGUGCCCAUGGAGACCGGUGGCGGGAAGACGACUGUACGUUCUGCCAGUGUAUCAACGGAGAGCCCCACUGCGUUGCAACAGCCUGUGGACAGAGCUGCAUGCACCCCGUGAAAGUGCCCGGGGAGUGCUGCCCCGUGUGUGAAGAACCAACCUACAUCACAAUUGAUCCACCUGCGUGUGGGGAGUUAUCAAACUGCACUCUGACAGAGAAGGACUGCGUGUAUGGUUUCAAACUUGAUCACAAUGGCUGUCGAACUUGUCAGUGCAAAAACAGGGAGGAACUGUGCGCCGGCCUGAAGCGAGGCUGCACCGUGGAAUGUGCCUUUGGUUUCCUGACUGAUGCCCACAACUGUGAGAUCUGUCAGUGCCGCCCACGGCCCAGGAAGUGCAGACCCGUGAUCUGUGACAAGCAUUGCCCACUUGGUUACCUGAAGAAUAAGCACGGCUGUGACAUCUGUCGCUGUAAGAAAUGUCCAGAGCUCCCAUGCAGUAAAAUCUGUCCCUUGGGCUUCCAGCAGGACAGUCACGGCUGUCUUAUCUGCAAGUGCAGAGAGGUCCCUGCUUCAGCUGGGCCACCUGUCCUGUCAGGCACUUGUCUGUCCAUGGAUGGCCAUCAUCAUAAAAAUGAGGAAAGCUGGCAUGAUGGGUGCCGGGAAUGCUACUGUCACAAUGGACGGGAAAUGUGUGCCCUGAUCACCUGCCCGGUGCCUACCUGUGGCAACCCCACCAUUCAUCCUGGACAGUGCUGCCCAUCGUGUGCAGAUGACUUCGUGGUGCAGAAGCCAGAGCUCAGCACUCCGUCCAUUUGCCACGCCCCUGGAGGAGAGUACUUUGUGGAAGGAGAAACAUGGAACAUUGACUCCUGUACUCAGUGCACCUGCCACGGGGGACGGGUGCUGUGUGAGACCGAGGUGUGCCCACCACUGCUCUGCCAGAACCCCUCACGCACCCAGGACUCCUGCUGCCCUCAGUGUCCAGAUGAGCCUCCCCGGCCUUCCUCCCCUCAUAACGACAGCGUGCCUAGUUACUGCAAAAAUGAGGAAGGGGAUAUAUUCCUGGCAGCUGAGUCCUGGAAGCCUGACGUGUGUACCAGCUGCGUGUGCAUGGAUAGCGUCAUCAGCUGUUACUCUGAGUCUUGCCCUUCCGUGUCCUGCGAAAGACCAGUUUUGAGAAAAGGCCAGUGCUGUCCCUACUGCAUAGGUAAGACCAAGAAAAAAAAUGCUGCGUCUCUACCAGUGGCCAUUUGCCUAGAUCACUUCUGCUACUGCCUGCAGGGCCAGACCCUGUGUUCCACUGUCAGCUGCCCGCCUCUGCCCUGUGUGGAGCCCAUCAACGUGGAAGGAAGUUGCUGCCCAAUGUGUCCAGAAAUGUAUAUCCCAGAAGCAACCAAUAUACCCAUUGAGAAGACAAAUCAUCGUGGAGAGACUGACCUGGAGGUUCCCAUGUGGCCCACACCUGGUGAAAAUGACAUUCAUCUUCCUAGAGAUAUUGGUCACCUCCAGGUAGAUUACAGAGAUAACAACAGGCUGCAUCCAAGUGAAGAUUCUCCACUGGACUCAGUUGCCUUGGUUGUGGUUCCUAUAAUAAUAUGCCUCUCUAUUAUAAUAGCAUUCCUAUUCAUCAACCAGAAGAAACAGUGGAUACCACUGCUUUGCUGGUAUCGAACACCAACUAAGCCUUCUUCCUUAAAUAAUCAGCUGGUGUCUGUGGACUGCAAGAAAGGAACCAGAGUCCAGGUAGAAAGUUCCCAGAGAAUGCUAAGAAUUGCUGAACCAGAUGCAAGAUUCAGUGGCUUCUACAGCAUGCAAAAACAGAACCAUCUACAGGCAGACAACUUCUACCAAACAGUGUGAAAAAAGGCAACUUGGAUGAGGUUUCAAAAGACAGAAAAUGACUUAAAUCUGCUCUUAAAAGUAAACUAGAAUCUGUGCACUUGCUUAGUGGAUUGUCUUGGAUUGUGACUUGAUGUACAGCGCUAAGAACUCCCUGGGAUGGGCUCUGUCGACAGCAAUGUGCAGAACAAGCAUUCCCACCUUUCCUCAAGAUAACUGACCAAGUGUUUUCUUAGAACCAAAGUUUUUAAAGUUGCUAAGAUAUAUUUGCUUGUAAAAUAGCUGUAGAGAUAUUUGGGGGUGGGGACAGUGAGUUUGGUUGGGGAAACGGGUGGGAGGGUGGUGGUGGUGGGAAGAAACAUUGGUCAGCUUGGCUCGGGGAGAAAUCUAGUAAAAUAAAAGCAGUUCAGUGGUCCAGAGGAUAUUUUUUUUUCCUGUUAACUCUGAAGACUGUACUGGUUGCUGCAGAGCUCAAGCCUGAAUGAGCAGGAAACAAAAAAGGCCUUGCGACCCAGCUGCCAUAACCACCUUAAAAACUACCAGACAAGCGCAUCAGAACCUUUGAUAGCCAUCCCAGGUCUAAAGCCACAAGUUUCUUUUCUAUACAGUCACGACUGCAGUAGGCAGUGAGGAAGCCAGAGGAAUGCGAUAGCGACAUUUCUCUAAAGCGGGUUAUGAAAGAUAGAGACAGUUAUACUUUUUGCUGCUUUUGUUUUCUUACAAGCCAAUCAGCCAGUUCCUAGCAGAGUCAGCACAUGAACAUGAUCUAAGUCAUUUCUUGAUGUGAGCACUGGAGCUUUUCUUACGUCAGCGCGGCGGGAAGGAGGGAGAGGGCGAAGAACCAGGCAUUUCCAGGGGCUGUCCUUCACUGUGUGUCAUUGCUUUGUUCUGUUCUAUGGUUGUUCGUAGUUUCUGUUGAAGCUCUAGCUUAAGAAGAGACUUUUUUUAAAAAAGAAAAAAAGGACUGUUUGGGGAUUUUUUUUUCCUUUGUUAUAUACUGAUUCCACAAAAUAGAAACUACUUCAUUUUAAUUGUAUAUUAUUCAAGCACCUUUGUUGAAGCUCAAAAAAAAUUAUGCCUCUUUGAACUUUAGCAAUUAUAGGAAUAUUUAUGUAACUAUCUUAUGCUUCAGAAAACAAAAGUAUUUGUGUGCAUGUGUAUAUAAUAUAUAUGUGCAUAUAUAUUUAUACACAUACAAUUUAUGUUUUCCUGUUGAAUGUAUUUUUAUGAGAUUUUAACCAGUACAAAGGCAGAUAAACAGGCAUUCCAUUAUCGAUGCUUUUGAUCACUUACAAAUUUUGUUAAUAACACCAAAUCUCAUUCUACUUGCAGUCUGAUUAGAAAGGUGUGUGUAUGUAUGUGUGAGUCUGUGGAUGUGGAUGCUGUGAGCACGCCCACCCUGAGCAGUCAGCACUGCACCUGCUAUGGAAAGGGGUCUUCCUUAUUAAAAUCUUCCUCAUUUGAUUUGCUUUCAGUUGGUUUUCAAUUCGCUCACUGGCCAGAAACAUUGAUGGCAGUUUUUAUCUGCAUCACUAAUCAGCUCCUGGAUUUUUUUUUUUUCUUCAAACAACUGUUUGAAACAACUACUGGAAUAUUGUCCACAAUAAGCUGGAAGUUUGUUGUAGUUUGCCUCAAAUAUAACUGACUGUAUACUAUAGUGUUAACUUUUCAAACAGCUCUUAGCACUUUUAUACUAAUUACCCAUUUGUGCAUUGAUUUUUCUUUUAAAAAUGCUUGUUGUGAAAGACACAGAUACCCAGUAUGCUUAAUGUGAAAAGAAAAUGUGUUCUGUUUUGUAAAGGAACUUUCAAGUAUUGUUGUAAAUACUUGGACAGAGGUUGCUGAACUUUAAAAAAAUUAAUUUAUUAUUAUAAUGACCUAAUUUAUUAAUCUGAAGAUUAACCAUUUUUUUUUUGUCUUAGAAUAUCAAAAAGAAAAAGAAAAAGGUGUUCUAGCUGUUUGCAUCAAUGGAAAAAAAGAUUUAUUAUCAAGGGGCAAUAUUUUUAUCUAUUUCCAAAAUAAAUUUGUUAAUGAUGUUACCAAAAUAGAUUGACAUCAGCCUGAUUAGUCUAAAUUUUGUUGACAAUUAAUCCAUUCCUGGCAUAAAAAGUCUUUAUCAAAAAAAAAAUUGUAAAUGCUUGCUUUUUGUUUUUUCAAUCAUGGCCAUAUUAUGAAAAUACUAACAGGAUAUAGGACAAGGUGUAAAUUUUUUUAUUAUUAUUUUAAAGAUAUGAUUUAUCCUGAGUGCUGUAUCUAUUACUCUUUUACUUUUGUUCCUGUUGUGCUCUUGUAAAAGAAAAACAAAUAUAAUUUCCUGAAGAAUAAAAUAGAUAUAUGGCACUUGGAGUGCA